AAUACGCAGAUCAAUAUCAGUUCUCUACCAGAAAAUAUUUAGAUACCAUCCUUGUGCAAUUGACCUCUGAUCAUUCGGCUCUCUCUCUCUCUCUCUCUCCAGAAUCAUCUACCCUCUUCAUAUUGGUUGUUUGAGGUCUCCCCCUAUAAGAAAAGACAGUUUUUUACUUGUGGGGAGAGGCUGCUGGUUCGCAAAGCUAGCUCAACUUCUGCGAGCUCGGGGGCCUCUCUCUUAGUAAUUGAGUUACAUUUGGGUGGUAGACAUUAAUCUUUUGCUAAUCUCUGUGAUAGAUAACAGAGUUUGUUGAAGACAUUGAGAAAACAGGACAAGUAGAUUUUGUGAAGGUGUAAAAGGGGGGAAAGGGGGUUUUCAGGGGUUGGAGUCGAGUGUCGACAGUAGCCAUGGGUGCUUCUUGUUGCUGCUUGAGGGAUGAAUUUGAGGAUAUUGCUAAUCCAAACAGCCCAACAUACAGGAAUUGUGUAUGCCUUGGUUCUUUCCUUCCGAGUUUCGUGCAUAUGUAUGCAUCUCUGUUUGAUAGAGGGGAAGAAAAUGCCUUAUCCCCAUCCACUCAGGGAGCAUCAUCAUUACAUCCUAUGGUAUCGCUAGAUAAUUCCCUAGCUGAGAUGUACCGCGCUCCUCCAAGACCUCUUCCAUACGAUGUAGAUCCAAGAAGCUUCCGCUUGCAACAGCUUGCCAGGCUGGACUCAAAAAGAGCGAAAGAAUCGAGUCAUUCGCAUGACGAAAGUGAACAAUUGAGAACUAGUGGAGUAGAUGAUCAAUCAGAACUCUUGAGUAACAAACACAAAUGGAAUGAGUUUGCAUCCCAAGAAGGAUCAAAAGAUUAUAAUUCAAGAUUAUCAUUUAAGCUCUCAAACUCCAAAAUGGCAACCGGAUACGCUCAUAUUAAUGCUUCUUCAGAAGAUGAAGAUGUUUGCCCGACAUGUCUUGAAGAAUAUACUACAGAAAACCCAAAAAUAGUUACAGAAUGUUUCCACCAUUACCAUCUUGGAUGUAUAUAUGAGUGGAUGGAGAGAAGCGACAAGUGUCCUGUUUGCGGGAGGGUGAUGGCGUUCAAUGAGACGACGUGAUAUAUAUUCAUGAAGUUUAUGUCGUGGAUGAAACCAACACCAACAAGGAGAGGAAUAACAAACGAGGUCAAGGAAAUGUAGAAUACACCUAGCUAGAAUUGGUUGAAUCUUUGUAAGCUGAUUCAAUUCAGCAUAAACACCCAUGGCUUAUAAUAAUUUUUCCUCCAAAUUA